GGACAAGUGAUUCAACACCAUGCGUUUCCUCGCCGUCUCAAUUGCUGCUCUGGCAAGCGCUGCUACCCUUGUUCUCGCAGCCGACAAAGUCGAUGUCGUUGUUACCCGCGCCAUCGAAUGCGAUCGGAAGACCCAGAAGGGUGACAAGAUCUUCGUUCAUUAUCGCGGCACACUGCAAGAUGGAGGGAAGCAGUUUGAUGCUAGCUACGACCGGGGACAGCCUCUGAGCUUCGUUGUUGGACGGGGUAGCGUGAUCAAAGGAUGGGAUGAGAACCUUCUGGACAUGUGUAUUGGCGAGAAGAGGACCCUUACCAUUCCUCCUGAGUUCGGCUACGGAAACAGGAACGUGGGACCGAUUCCUGCUGGUAGCACAUUGAUCUUCGAGACCGAAUUGAUGGGUAUCGACGGUGUUGAAGCACCAAAGGUGCAAGAAUCCGCAAGUAGCGUCACUGACAAGGCUACUGAAGGCGUGAAGGGCAAGAUUGCCGAGGCUUACGAGGCCGUCAAGACUGCAUUGGCUGAUACGGAUGGUGACGGACAGGAACACAACGAAUUAUAAACGGGGAUCUAAAAGGGGCGGCCACUCAUGAAUUAUAGUAGGCAGGGAGAUUGCUGAGUAUCCCAACCCCAAAGUAGGUAUUCAUCAUAAACGAGACGCCUCAUGAGCAAUAAGACAGUUUAUGAUGCUGGAUUAAUGCUCUAUAGAGUGAAGCUUCUCAUGUACAAGUGUCCACUCUGCAAAGACGUUGCGUGUCUUUUUAGGGUCUAAGUCAUUAUUCCGGGUUCCAAUUGCCCAGCUCUAGUCCCUACACCUGCAAUAUCUCUUCCACUGAAAUUUGUGGUUGUUAGUCACGUUUCUGGAAUAAACUUCUCAAGAGCAUGUGUGCAGUAUCCUUACUGCACACAUUGUACCAUAGAGUACAAUCAUGCUUAGCUUCAUUUUAUUAAGCCCGAGAAGGGCUGUGCUUGUAAUUAGCUCAUAUGGUUGAGAUGCGCAAGGUAGCGAGGAAGAGGACGAGGGACAGG